CCCUGCAUCCUGGUUUUUCCUAAAAAAACAUGGCGUAUUUUGUGUUUUGGUAGCUUGGCGCGUGUAUACAAUUUCUCCUUACACAGGCUAUGACCUAGGCCUAGACCUACUGACCUUCUGCAGGACAGUAAUUCAAAAUGAUUCACAUUGCAGCCUUGAAUGACUACUCAGAUGACGAAUCUGAAACUGAGCCAGUGAUAGAGACAACUAAAGAGGCUCAGGAAGCAGAAGCUUAUGCUCUAUACAAUAAAGCGUUGGAGCUGCAACGUGGAAGCUUGCAUCAAGAAGCUGAAGUUCACUACAAAAGGUUACUCAACACAAGCUUACUGACAAAGGCAGUAGCAUCUGAAGAUGGCAAAACUGAGCAAAUUCUGGUGCAACCAGGUUUUAUGCUGAAGUAUUCUACUUAUAAAAACCUCGCCAGCUUAGCAUCCCAGAAAAAUGAUAAAAAAACAGCUAUGGAAUUUUACCUGGAGGCUGUCAACAUUGAUUCCACGGAUGUCUCUCUCUGGUAUAAAAUAGGCCACCUUGCCCUUGAGUUGGUGCAUGUUCCCCUUGCAAGAAUAGCAUUUGAGGAAGCAUACCAAUGCAACCCCAAGCACUGGCCUAGUCUUGACAAUCUGUGUACUGUUUUAUAUGCUCUGUAUGAUUACCCAAGCUGCUUAUAUUAUAUUGCUAAGUGUUUUGAGCUUGAUGCCUGUUAUCCAAAAGGUCAUGUUUUACGUAAGAAGAUCUUUUCUGAACAGCCAGCACUUGAACGAGACACUUUAGCACUGUUUGAACAAUGUAAUGAAUGGAUCUCUGACAGCAAUUUCAUUAGUGAAGACCAGUCGCAAAAGUUUGUGGAAGAAGCACUAGAUCUACGGAAAACAAGAGAACAACUAAGUAAGAAACCUGCACCAAUACUUGUCAAGUUCCAAAAGCCAUUAAAAGCAUUCACAUGGAAAUGUCUUGGGGAAUGUUUAGUGUCACUUUAUGACUAUCUAGAUGGAAGUCAAAGGCCAUUGAGUUUUAGUUGUCAAGUUGACCUAGCUGGUUGUUUGCGAAAGAAUGACGAUGAAGUUAUGGAUACUGAACCUGUCGUGGAGCAACCCCAGCAAAAAGAGGAAGCACCAAAGGAUGGUGUGACAGACAAGGUAAAUUUGUGCCACCAUCAAAACGAUGAGCUUUCGACUGCCUUCCCGAUAGAUGAGUCUGUACCAGCCUCAAGUAGUGUACUAACAAGCACACUUUCAUCUACACAAGAUACUCAGGGAGAAUCUCAGACAAUUCCCAUGGAAACUGACCAUGAUUAUGCUGGCAGUAUUAUAAACAUUGAGAAAAACAAAAGGGGACCAAAAAGGAAACGAGGUCUUGGUGAUGAACCAGCUCCUGGCAAGAGGCGAUCUGCUCGUGUGAGGAACACAACGACCAAAAAGAAGGAAGAAACGAUCAAUUAUCAAACACUUCUACAAGGUUUUCUCCCAUCAAGUCUGAGAAAUGUUGAUGAUAUUGAUGAAAGUAGUCAAGACAGUUGCAUUGCAAGUGAAGAAAACAGAUCCAGUACUAUUGAAUCCAUGACAGUUUCAUCACCAGAUAUUCAGCAAAGGAAGAUAUCUUGGAAAGCUUCGGAAGAAUCUGAAGUAAGGGAAUUCUUAGAAAUGUGCGUGGACAACAAUAGUGGUGUCAUUGACAUGAUGAGUCGAUAUCUUAUCAAUCUCUCAAGGAGGUGGUCAUUUAAAUGGCCCUCUGGUCUUGCGUCUGUGUUUAUCAGUUGUUAUGAAAAGUUUAGAAAGCACCUUCAACUGCCCUCUGUCUUCAACAAUGAUUCGUCAGCUGAGUGUCUUUGUGAUACUGGAAACAUGGUACUUUUAUAUGCUGAACUAAAGCUAGAUCAAUGGAUUGAGAAAACAUCAAACUUACCAACAACUAUCACACCUAAAAGAAUUCAAACUUGCACCUCUUCUGAACUGCUACCCUCGGACUUGGGACAUGAGUUUCCUGCUCAAUUCUACCAUCAAGAUGUGACAUUCACAGAACAAAUUGCAACAUUACCAGAUGUUCUUUCUGACAAAUAUGAAGAGUACACAAUUAGAGUUUACUGGGCUAAGGCUAGGUUGUUAGUGCUUGAUGGCAAAAUGGAGUGUGCACUUGAAAGUUUUGACCUGUGCUCUGAACUGUUAACUCCUCAGUACAAAGAUAAUUCAAGUGCUGGACCAGUUGUGGUAGUGCUGCCAAACUGCAAUCAUGAUGAUACAAUAUCAUUAGAACAAAUAUGUAAAAAGAAAGAAUCUCUGCAACGUACGCAGUCCCUGGAAGAAGUGCGCAGGCUUUUUGAUGCUGGUGAAUAUAAGAAAGUAUCAUCCAUACUUUUACCAUCUUUGAAGCAACCACUGAUGAAAUCCAAAAGCAUUUGUGAGCAGAAAUCAAGUGAAAGACCAUCUCAGAUUUUGCUGCUCCUACAAUCAUUGUUAAAGCAACAAGAGUAUCAGGAAUGUUUAUCAUGUGCAGAGAUUGCUCUUAUUGAAACCAUUUAUGAGAUAAACCAUGCAACUAAUAUCACAUCGAAGGAGGAGUGGAUUGAAGGGGUUGUUCAAGUUUGCAUUGCUAUUGACAAGACAUUUGCUUCAGAUAAAUCCAUUAUCAAGAAACUUGAAACUGGUCGACUUGUAAGACUAACAAGCAAUCUUAUCCGCAUAAUUGAGAUCGCAAUGGAGACACCAGAAGUUGGUGAAUUUGGACAAGUAUCCACAGUCUACCCUUGGAUUCUUCUCUACAAGUUAAUCAAGCAUGAGGAAGAUCAGAUAGAAUCGAUGAAGAUAGAUACUAGUGACUCAACAUCAGAAAGUAAUCGUCCCUGCUUGCCCUCUUCAUUGAUGUUACUGUUAACAGCUCAUGAGUAUCUUGGCAGACGUUCAUGGUGUUGCAAUGACAAGGGUGUCUUUUUAAAAUUGCACGUCUCUGUUCUGGAGGAAGAACUUUUCAAUCGACCUGAGAAAGAUGCUCAUCCGUUUCAGUCUGACUUAGAACAUGCUCUGGAGCAGAGUUUCUACUGUCUGUAUAGUCAUCCCAACCGUAAGGCGAAGGCAAAACAUCUUGUUGAUCAUGGAGUUGAUGAGCUACCUUUGCUUUGGGAGGACACCAAGUUUUUGUUUGAAUACUUCAAACCCAAGAUUCUGCCAGAAUUUGACAGUUACAAGACCAGCACAAUGUCAAGUGAACUGGAAAGUCUCUUGCUCAAGAUCUCUCGCAUCAUUCCUGAACAACAGAACCCUGCCAACACAAUAGAAUCAUUACAGGCCUUCAUUGAUGGAACAACAGAUGUGGUUCCUUGUAUACCUCCAAACAAACCAGUAAAAUUACAUGUUGUGCAAGAACUUUACUACUUACUUGCAGACUAUAAUUUUAAGAAUAAGGAAUGGGGGAAAGCUAUAAAGUUCUACUUGCAUGACCUGUGUGUAAACCCAGAACGAUUUGACAGUUGGGCAGGAAUGGCAAUGGCACGUAGUACCAGAUUAGAACUCAAGAUUAAUUCGUGUGACUCCAAGUCUGAAGGCACAAUAUACAAGCAGGCUUCAACGGCAGCCAGAUGUUUUGAAAGGGCACUUGAGAUUGAUGCAUCAAACUCAACACUGUGGAUGGAAUAUGGAUCAUUAUCUUACAUGAUGCAGGCUUAUUCAUCAAGGAAAUUAAAGCAGCUACAUGAACAGGGCACAAUCUCGGCAGAGACAGAAGAAUUUCUCACAACCAAGAAAUGUGAACUAUUAAAGCAAGCAAAGAAGUGUUACUUGAGAGCAAGUGAAUGUGAAGGGGAUGGAGAGGAGGAAGAGUGGUUGGUCUAUUACAUGCUGGGCAAGAUAGCUGAAAAGGAACAUGCACUUCCACAAGUCUAUCUAGACUAUUAUGAGAAGGCUGCAAGGUCACUACAUGAAAAUGAGGCCCGGUAUCCUAAAAAGAUUACAUACCACAACCCAGCAGAUCUGGCUUUGGAGUCACUGGAGAUAUAUUUCAGAAUCCAUACAUCAGUCCUGAAGUUGUUAGAAUUCCCAGACAAGAGUAACAUUAUUGACUAUAAAUUGCUGAAGAAAUACAUCAGUGAAGCAAGGCAGUUUCCAUUUGCAAGAGGGCUGGAGAAGAAAGCUGAGGGAAGAGAUUAUUCUACUAGUGAUCCUGACACAGAUGGAAAACCAGUGAAUCCAAAAACUUAUAAUUAUCAAUCAUCAGCAGGGAGCCAGAAUUCAAUUCAACAACUGAUGGAUCAUAAUUAUUUUGAAACCAGCAAAAGGGUCUCAAGAACUGCCAGCCAAGAAUCAACAGAUACUGCUUCAGAUUUGGAUUUCUUUUCUUCUGGGGAUGAACCAAUUUCUCCUAGACCUACUGAUAUAUUAUUAUUCCAUGGAGGAAUAAGAUCAGCAAAACCAGCAGACGUAUUCCAUCUACUGACAGAUGAAAAAAAAAGUUCACUUUAUAAAGAGCGGUUCCUGGAGAAAACAUCUGAAGCUGUAAAAUCUGAUGUUCAUGGAUCAACUGAAAAACAAAUUGAACAGUUUGCUAAAACAGAAACAUCUUUCAAAAAUCCUGUGGUAGAGUCUUCAAUGGGAGAGGAGGCAAUAAGGGAUUCAUCUAUUGUAGAGUUGUACGAGGAAAGUAAUUCAAAAAGAAUUAUCUCAGAUGAGUCAGCUAAUGAUACAAACAUCAUAUCAGAAGGUAACUUAAAGGAUGAGACCGCUGCAUUUCCCAAAGAGUUAGCACCUAGGACUAUAAUGGAUGCUACCGUAAUGGCUAAAGACCCAUCUGAAAUGGCAAUGGAUAAAGAGUCAGCUGAUGAUACAAUGAAUUUGGAAGGUAACUUAAAGGAGAGGAUUGCCGACAUGGUUUUUAGCUCUGAUGCUGUAAUUGAAUGUGUUGACAAUGCUAGAAAUACUGCAGCCACAGCUUUUAAAGAGACCACUGUAUCUUCCAAAGAGUUUGUACCAGAAAUGGAUACUACUGUAAUGUCAAAAGAAACAUCUGAAACUGCAAUGGAAACUGAUGUGGUCUCUAAGAAAUUUACUACAAUGUUUGAAGAGCCAUUACCGUCACAUUCAGGGAUCUCAGGGAUCUCAAUGGAAGCAAACAUCAUGGAUACAGUUAAAACUGUAGGUUCAAAUUCUGUUCAUGACAGUGAGGAGGAGAACAAUCUGAUAAAUUCUGCUAUGGACCAAGGCAAUAGUGUAAAGGAUGUAGUUGCAAUGGAUACAGAAAAACAGACCACUAAUUCAGAUGCACAUUCGACUUGUGCUAUGCAAAGUGAUUGGCAAGUAAGUGCUUAUAAGGAUGAUUACAAUAUUCAAGCAAAUGAUAGUAAAGGGCCUACUAUCAGUUCUAAUCAAUCAAAAAUGCUGGGCGCAGGUACAAAUCCUUAUCGAUUCAAGCAGAAGCAUGUUCUUGGUACUACACUAGAACCUUCACAACAUAUUUCAAAAUUUCAAAUGGCAUUCCUAAAGUCACCAUUGCUGUGUUCUAAGGAAUCUGUAGAAGAAAGUGGUUUCAGCCAGACUGAAAGUGAAGAUGGAUCAGAAAUUCAAGUAUCUGAAAAGCCUGUUGAAAUGUCUAUUGAAACAAAAAUAGAAGACAGUAAGACCAUUGAUCAGUGUUCAAAUAAUCAGUUAGACUCCAUAGUACAUAGGGAAACUACUGAAAGUGUGCCAGAGAUGCAUGUAAUUGGAAACAAGUUAAAGUCAUUGCCAUUAACUGAAGUAGACGAGAACCUGCCAACACCAAGUCAACUUAAUGUAACUAAAUCUGAUCAACGUCUGUCAACAGAUGAUGCUUCUAGCCAAACAGUAGCUGUAGGUUUCAGUGAGAUAGCAAGCAACCCUGUAAAGGGCUACCAUUCCUUGGUGAAAUCUAAGCCUGAGAAGGACAUGAACCGAUUGGAAACAGCUGUUGAUAUUGAAAUGGAGGAGGAGUUUUUUACCUCAAAAUGUCAAGAUAAUAAAAAGAAAGAUUAUGAAUCAAUGAGCGCUAGUGGUAUUACAGAAAAGAAUGAUGAGUAUAAAGAAGAUUUAAAAGACAAUGAAAGAAGUCAGAUGGAAGAGAAGGCAUUUACACUACCAACAAAUGGUAAAGAAGCUGGAGUUGAAGAGGAGAAGGAUAUCAGUGAAAAUGAACUUUUUGGACAUACCAGAGAAGGAAACUUGGAAAGAAAAGAAGGAUACAAAGAUGAGAUACUGUGUGUUCGAUCAAUCAGGAAUAUAGGAAUAACUGCCAGUAAUCAACAUCAAAGUGAAGGAGCUUUUGAAAGAUACACUAAAUCAAUUGGACUUGAAGAAAAUGAAGGGAAAAUAAUGGAAAAAAUGAUGGAUCCAAAUGUGAGAGAAGGACACCAGGAAAAGAUAGAUAGAGUAAGUGAAAAGGAAGAUGAGGAGAACAUUGAAGGAGCAGAUGAGGUUAAACUGGAAGACAAAGUUCAGGGAAAAAAUGAUACAAGAGAUGAGAGAAAAACGAAAAUUGAUCAUGAAAAGAAAAUAAAAGAGGAAAAGAUGGCAACAAAUGUAAAAAAUGAAAACCAGGAAAGUGUGGAUACAACAAAUAAAAAGGAAGAUCUGGAGAAAGGCAAAACAGAUCAAGUGAACCCAGAGGAGAAAAGUGUGGAAGCAAUUGAAACAACAAAUGAAGGAAAAAUCAGAAGUGAAAAUAUGUACAUGGAAGACCCAGUUGUUGAAAACCCAGUUCUAAAAGACUUAUCUCCAAACAAUUGUGGUGAUAAGGACAGUUUUAAAACAGAAGAAUCUGACCUGAGGAACUCUGAGGAACAUGUACAGUUAAUCAAUGAAUGCCUUCAGGGAUUAAAGUUAUGUCUGUCACGUUUCUCACAGCAUUACAAGGCCUUGUAUCGAAUGGCACAUGUGUAUCACUAUGUACCAACACAUAAGAAUGAUAGAUGGAGUCGUGAUACUUUGCUAGGCACAAGCACACCAUGGAAUCAAAUACCUCAUCUUGCUGCUCCAGCCUUGUUUGCUGAUGCUAACAAGACAAAGAACUUCUUUCAAGGAAUCUGGAGGAUACCAGUUGAGGAGAUUGAUAGGUCAGGUAGUUUUCCAUCUCACAUGUAUCGAGCAAUCAGCCUUCUUAUCAGUGUUCUCCUACAGUUAAACGAUCACCAGAUGUUGCUUCAACUGUCCGUCAAACUCAACAGAACACCUGAGCUCAACAAAAAGUACUUGAGAGACCAGGAUCGGCAGUUCCUUUCGAAACAGUCAUAUGAAAAAUGCCUAGUAGUUUUAAAAGACCUCAUAGAAUUGUGCCAGUCAGGGCCAAAAGAAGAGCAGCAAAAGGUGUUAAUGUUUGUCUAUCAUGCCAAUCAAGUGAGACAGAACAAACUCCAGAUUACGGCUAAAUCAACAAAUAACCUCCUUAUUGAAGCAUUUUGCAAUUUCAAAGAAUGUAAGGUUGAUAACAUGCCAUGUGUUCUAGAGCAAGCUGUAAGGUAUUGUACAAGUAUAGAGUGCAGUAAACCCCCACAAACUCCACAUACACCAUCGAUACAAUCAAAGGCUACAAAAGAUUCAUCAAAGUAUGAUGUUGUACCCACAAGUAAAAACAGUGAUGCCACUCCAACCACAAGUAAGAACAAUGAUAUCCCGACUACAAGCAAAGACAGUGAUGGUACUCCCACGACAAGUAGAAUCAGUGAUCUCAUACUCAACACAAUUAGAAAAACAGUAACUGAUGAUGCUAAUCCAUUAAGAGGAAUGACUGCAACAACAUUUGCUGAUCAGUUUAAACAUUUUGCAACAUCAUUUUCUGCAAGAAAAGAAGUCACCACCACAAAAGCUACAAAGAGAGUCCUCAACUUGGGUCAUGAAACCAAGGAGUCAAAGAAACCUUUGUUGCAAGUGUUAAGUGAUGAAGAACCGGAAGCCACCAUACUGGAUCAAAGAAGAUCAGAUGAGUCCAAACUAAACACAAAAGACACUUCCAUAUCUUUAAAAGGAAUUAAAGAAAAAACACAUGCAAUCGUAAAAGCAUCAAUUUCAUUGUCAAGGCAAGAACCGUUAAUUAAGGAUUCAUUGGCAUUUAGUUCACAUGUUGCUGAUCCUGUAACUAAACAAGUGUCAUCAACUACUCUAGAGUCUGUUCCAAAGGCUGUUCCUAUCAAAACCUCUCCACCUAAAGGAACUGGUAGCUCUAAUGUGUCUGGUAUAAUAAGCUCUUUCUCAAAAGCAAAUGCUGUUGCCUAUAGUAUGUCAACCUCUCCACCAAAAGGCUCUGCUGGGUCUGGUCUGAUGAUACCGUUCUCUCGCAUUGCUCUUGGUGCUAGUCAACAGAUUAAAGUAUCUAGUAGUAGUAGUAUUUGUUGUAGUAGCAGCAGCAGCAGCUGUAGUGGUAGUAUCCAGAGUGAUGCUAGUAAAUCAAACCAAGGGUUGUCUGGAAUCCAUGCAAAAGUCCUGCCAUACAUGUCUACUGAAGAAAAGGAAAAACUAAAAAGUUCUCUGUUGCAUUUAAAAAAAAAUUAAAGCGAAAUAUUCUCCAUUACUAUCCUGCCACUUUUUUAUGAUUAGAUAGAUGUUAUCAUGUCACUGUAAAGUUGAAACUUAGAAAUUACCAUAGUGUAUAGUCUUCCUUUAAUUAAAAACCCCUCCAAGUUAAGACUACUUCUAAUUUAAGACCAUUUAUUUUAUUAACAAAUAUUUAUUAUUCUAAUUACAGACCAAAGACCAUGGAUACACUUGUCCCAAAAGUGGUCUUUAAUAUUGGAGGAAAACUUGUUGUAGCAUAUCAUACACUGGUAAGAAAUUAUCAUGUGAAGGGUCCCUAAAGGAUGAGUUUAUUUUAAUGUAAUGUAGUUAGAUUUAUAUAGCGCUUUAUACCAAAGUUUCAAAACGCUUGAGGUGUGGACUACCUCGUACAACAACUUUUUCCCUAAGGGUCUCUUCGUGUCUGAGCUAAACGGUAAACCAGUAAAUGUUUCUGGCUGUAAAGAGAAAUAAAAAAUUCAUUUAAAUGCCUCUUGCAGAAAAAGGAGAAAGAAUGUAAAAAGAAGUAAACUAAAUAUCUUCUUUUUUUAUUUUUUGAAUAUUUACAUUUUUUACAUUAAUUUUUUUUUUGUACCAAUCAUUACUGUUUUCUUCUUUUUUUUUUUUAAGUUGGAAAGCCUCUUGAUAAGCUUCGGCUUUUUAGGCAAUCCACCACACAUGUGCUUUGCUUGAUUUUAUGUCUUUUUUUUUUUAAUUAUUUCUUUCUAUUUGUUGUCUUUUCUGAUUUUUGAUGAUUGUCUGAAAAUUUAAUCCCUGAAGAAAUCUAAGUGGCAUAAGAAAAAGAGUGCAUUACACAAAUUUUAAAUAAUAGAAAACUCCAUUGUAUAUUGCUUUCUAAUAACAUUAUUUACUAGUCAAGUAUACUGUAGACAUAAGCAUUACAUGAUUCUUUCUUAUUGAAUGUUGAUCAUUGUGUAUGUUACACCUUUCACUGGCUGGGUGAUAAGGUAUAUUACACUACAGUAAUAAAACAGUAUCUCUGUUGGCAAUAAUACAAGAU